AUGGCAAACCAGGAUCCCAUAAACACUUCACAUGCCACGUUCGACCUCUUUGUCCAAGCCAAGACUGUUCAGGAGGUGAAGCACCAUUUUACUGAGCUUUGUGGGCAACUAGACAUCGAUCCAAAAGAUUUCUUGAACUUCUACACCAAGUUAAAAGAAAGACUGAACUACUGGAAAGCCAAAGCCUUGUGGACCAGGCUCGACAAAAGAGCCUCUCAUGCAGCUUACGAGCAACGAAAAGCCUGCCACAAGAACAAGUGUCUUGUUUUGGGUGCCGGACCAUGUGGGCUGAGAACAGCCAUUGAGCUCUCCCUGCUGGGGGCCCAGGUGGUUCUGUUGGAGAAGAGAGAGGAGUUCAGCAGGAACAACGUUCUCCACCUGUGGCCCUUUACCAUCUGUGACCUCCGUGAGCUCGGAGCUAAAACGUUCUACGGCAAAUUCUGUUGUGGCUCUUUGGAUCACAUCAGUAUCCGCCAGUUGCAGUUAAUGCUUCUGAAAGUAUCACUGCUCCUCGGGGUGGAGGUGCACACCGGCGUGGAGUUCCAUGGUUUAAUUGAACCUUCAGGAGAAAAUGGUUGGAAGGCAAAGCUUCAGCCUCAGUCUCACCCCGCUGUAGUCUUUGAAUUUGACGUCUUCAUUUCUGCUGGGGGAGGCAGGUUUGUCCCUGAUGGUUUUAGACAUAAGGAGCUGAGAGGAAAGCUGGCAAUCGGAAUCACGGCCAAUUUUAUCAAUGGGAACACGGCAGCUGAGGCCCAAGUGGCUGAGAUCAGCGGCGUUGCCCGCAUCUACAACCAGAAGUUCUUCCAAGAUCUGCUUAAUGAGACAGGUAUUGAUCUGGAAAAUAUUGUCUACUACAAAGAUGACACCCACUACUUUGUCAUGACUGCCAAGAAAAAAAGUUUGCUAAAGAAAGGGGUAAUUAAACAGGACUAUGGUGAUGCAGAACUGCUACUGGCAUCUUCAAAUGUUGAUUACGAGGCUCUGCGUCGUUAUGCCCACGAUGCAGCUUUCUUCUCCACGGGUGGGGAACUGCCUGACCUUCAGUUUGCUCAGAACCAUGCUGGCCAGCCAGAUGUGGCUAUGUUUGACUUCACCUGCAUGCACCGUGCCGAGAAUGCUUCCCUCAUCAGAGAACGGAGGGGCAAGAAGCUGUUAAUGGGUCUUGUUGGAGACUGCCUUGUGGAGCCCUUCUGGCCCCUUGGAACAGGCAUAGCUCGUGGGUUUCUAGCUGCUUUUGACACAGCAUGGAUGGUGAGGAGCUGGGGUAUGGGUGUCCCACAUCUCAAGGUCCUAGCUGAGCGGGAAAGCAUCUACCAGGUUCUUUCCCAGACCACGCCAGAAAACACCAGCAAAAACUACUCUCAUUACAGUAUCGAUCCAAAAACACGGUACAAGAGAAUCAACCUUUCCUCCAUUCAUGCCCACCAGGUGCAACACUUAUACGAUGCUGAUAAACCCCAGCCAUCAAUCAAGAAAUCGAAGGACAGCCAGUCUCAAGAUGCAGUCGGUGGCGUUGAAGAGUUGUUGAAAUGGUGCCAGAAACACACUAGAGGCUGUCAGAAUGUUAAUGUGAAAGAUUUUACCCAGUCCUGGAGCUCUGGACUGGCUUUAUGUGCCCUGAUCCAUCAUUUCAGACCGAAGCUAAUUGACAUAUCAUCUCUGGAUGAGUCAGAUAGUGUUCGCAACUGCCAGCUGGCCUUCACUAUCCUAGAGAAGGAGUUUGGCAUCCCCCCUGUGAUGUGUCCAAAUGACUUGGCCAAGAGUGGUCAGAUAGACAAGUUAUCCAUGGUGUUGUACCUUACACAGAUCCGAAAUGCUUUCACUGUGUCGCCAAAAGAACCUGAAAGCUUCCAGCCGUCCUCCAAGUCUCUCAGUCUGUCUCGGACACAGUCGGUUGUCUUUUUCCUGAGCAAGCUGAAGCACAACUCUCUGCUAAGACGCAAAGAAAAGCUGAAAACUGAGAAUCAAGCCACAGAAUCUGAAAAAAGGAUGGGCGAUGUGGAAAAUGAUUCAGUGCCUUCUGUGUCACCUGAACUCAAUCCCGUGCCCCCCACUGCUCCAGCUCCGACUCCAGAGCCCACCCCUAUGGUGUUUAUGUCAAAUAGCGAGGAGUGUUACUUCUGUGCUCAAAGGAUGUAUGUCCUGGAGCGCAUCAGUGCCGAGGGCAAGUUCUUCCAUCGAAGUUGCUUUACAUGUCACCAGUGCAGCAUCACACUCAGACUGGGAGGAUACACAUUCGACCAGGAAACGGGGAGAUUUUACUGUGAAUUGCACUCUGAAGAGCUUGGGCUUACAAACGGAGUUGAAACAUCAUACGAGGAUUGCACAGGAAAUUACGAAGAGACUGAUGAAGAGAAUGGGCUUUCAAGUGAAUUUUAUACAGCAUCUCCAUCAGAUGGGCACCCUCCCCAUAUGAAGCCACCUGAAUCCAAAGAACCAGACCCGUGUAUACUUGAAUCCAAAGAAGAGCCGAGCAAGCCCAACACUUCUAUUGAACCCGUACCUUUUAGUGAAGUUGCAGAACCUACUUUGGAGGAAGGGGAAGAAAAUAUGCCCCGUCCAAUCCCAAAACCACGGUUGUCUCGGCAGUCCAGUCCCUGCCCAGCCCCCUCUCCCCCUGUAGCGAAACCCCGGCAAACUUUCCUACGUAAUCUUUCCCCUCCAGAAAAGCCCUCUUCUUCAGCCCCCGAAGACGAGGCGGCCAAAACGGGGCCGGACUCCCGUCCCAAACUGCGUAAGCUUCCAUUAUCCGACGAGGAGAAAAACCAGCUGAUGAAUCUUCAGAGUUUCAGCAUAGACUCGGACUCGGAGACCCACGGCGAGUCCUCCUCCUGUUCCUCCUCCUCUGCAAACGCCGGAGGGCCUCCCAAACACGAGGGCCUGGACGGACAGGAGGAGGAAGGGUACUGGAGCGGGAGCACAGCCAGCUGCAUUCGGGAAAACAGGAAUCGACGCUGCUUCAGGAGAAAAGAGAUGCCAAACGGUCAGAACAGAGUACGGUCCAAGUUUUCCCCUUGGAACCUUUCCUCCCCGAGAAUUAGCAGAGACACCCGACUCAGUGUCCACGUUACUCAUCCAGGACGAGUGGCAGAAACAGCUUUCAGGACGGUUCCUUGUGCCUCACAAGAGGGCGUGGAUGGAGAUGAUGACGAUGAAGAUGACAUGUUUGAACAAGAUGACAUGGACUCACUUGAUAUGAAGGAGCCCUCGGAUCCAGCUGAAGCAGAGAAGCUGGAGUUGAUGAAGAUGAGAACUCUGGAGAGGAGAGCUAAGAUGAGUGAAAUAGAGCGGUUUCGAAAGGCUCAGUCAAUCCAGAGAAGACUGGAUGAGAUCGAGGUGACCUUUAAGGACCUGGAAGACAAAGGUGUGGAGUUGGAGAGAAGUUUGCGAGGGGAAGCCGGCAACAGCGGUUCCACUGAUAAGGUUGAACAGUGGAUCCAGCUCGUCCAUGAGAAGAAUGCAUUGAUUUCUGAGGAGUCUGAACUUAUGGUGGCGUCCCGACAGCUGGAACUUGAAGACAAGCAGAGCAUAUUGGAGUUGGAGCUCAGAAAAUUCAUGGAUCUUGAAGACAAGACACCAGAGCAGCAGGCAGAGGAAGAUCGAAUCCUUCACCAGAGGAUCGAGGUUGUGAAUAUGAGGGACACUUUGGUGUCGUUUUUGGAGGAGAAGAGAUUGAAAGAGAUCAGCGAAGAACAGGAGGCUUUUUCCAUCAUGGAGGCCAAACGGCACUCAAAGGCAGGCUCUCAAGUUCACUGGGCUUAA